UAUUUCUUAUUCAACAAGUGCUACCUCUAACCACACAGAAAACUUAUAUAAUUCUGUAAGUGAUUCUGAAAAUGAUAUUGAUCUUGCAGACGGAGACUCAGACAAUGAAUUAAGACAGACUCAGCACAGAAAACAU